GAUUUAAUAAUUGUAUUGUAUUGUAUCAACAUAUACAUACUUGCGACCACUCCAAAAACGAUGCGAGUGCUGCCAGUCUAGAAGUGAUCCUGAGCAGGCUGACGCAGAGCCACAAGCAUGAGAAACACGUAACUACUAACGAGGCUCCUCAUCUCUGCGUGCUCACUGUAAGGAACGUGAGGUAUAUUUUUGUGACACUGUUCUUGAGGUCUGUGAGCAGGUGGAACGAGGGCGAAGAGGAUGAUGAAGCACUUUGUUUUACAGAGAAACAAAAUGACGAAAAAAAAAGCUGCUGAUCAUGAAGCAUGUAAUUUGAGUGUCGAAGUCCUUCUAUGUAUAGAAAGAGGAGCGCGCCCGCGCGCGCAUGAUGUAAUUAGAGAACUGUCUUCAUCACUCAGGGAUCUUCCAUGACAGACGGAUGUGUCAGGUUUUUUCUCGCAACAAAUCGAAAUUAGAAGAGCAUUGGUUGUGGUUCUACUUCUUGUUAUAGCUCUUGCUCUAGAAACAAAUAAUAAAAAUAAAUAAAUGUCUAGUACAGGACUAUACCUAUAUACCUACGAUUUUUCUAUCCUUUUUGGUAUCCGUGGACGUAAUCUUGCUUUAACUUUUCUAGUAUCUGUGGAAGUAAGUGAAUAAGUCAUAGAAGCAUUUUUUGGAGUCCAGUAUUUGAAGAAGCCGAAGUCUCAGAUCCAGUUCGCUAAUAUAUAAGGUGAGUUGUUAGCCAACUCUUUUUCGAGAUAUGUCGUUCGAAGUUCGCGAUUGUCACCGGUGCAUCCCGCGGCUUCGGUCGCGGUAUCUCGAAAGUCCUAGCUAGUGAGGGCGGCUACACAGUCUACGCAGUAGCUCGGUCCGCUGACAAACUCGAGGAAUUAGCUAAGGAAGUGGAGGCCACUGGUGGUUCGGGCAAGGUUGUGCCAUACGUCUUGGACCUGCACCGCUCUGCCGAUGAGGAAGCGGCCGUGGCAAAACUUGCACAGAUUAUGUUGCCAGGUCUCUCUAAAGGUUCUCAAGAACGCUCAUACCUGUAACGAUUAUAACGACAUCGACGUGCUUAUUACUACUUGUUUGGUAGUUCUAUCGCAAACAGACUGUCGAGUCAAAUCAAACACGCGUGUGACAGAUUUCCUGAACUAAUAAUAUGCCCUAGUGGUCCCUCCACCAGCUCUUCUUUUCGAGGGUUAGUCGUCCCCCCACCAGGACCAGCCCCUCCACAUGUCUAUAACAUCUGUUGCUGAUGCUACUGCCGGAGUGGGGAUUUGUCUCCUCGUAAAUUCGGCGUAUGGAGGUCUCACAUCGAUGACACCGCACUUGGGGAAGCCUUUCUGGGAAAAGCCGAUCUCAACUUACGACGAAUCUCUAGACAUCGGAGCGCGCUCUGCCUUCCUCCUGUCUCGUGCUGUCAUUCCGAAGAUGGCAGAAGCGAAAGUCAAGCUAUGUCAGCAACCUUGAAGUAGAGCUGCAACUCUGGUUCUCGUUUGGGUUUUUUCAACAAUUUUUGAAUGGAUCUCUCUGUUCUACUACUUUUCACAGCAAUGCUGUAUGGUGAUCUUCUCUACAACGACAUGACAGCGACAACGACACCAAGCCCCUACAGGCACAACGCUGUCCCCUUACAACUACACACACGACCAGCUACGCGACCUCCAUCCUUAGGCCCCCAUGAGCUUAUAUAUACCAGACCUUUUAGCUAUACUACCACCUUCAUAUUCCAACGGGCUGAUCGUGCAGAUUUCUUCGUAUGGUGGUUUUAUGUACGUCUUUGAACUAGGAUACAGCGUGGGACACGUUGCCCUAGACCGACUCAGCUGGGACAUGGCGAUAGAGUUAAACUCGACUCCCUCCACCAAUGGCACCGAUGGAGCAGCCAAGAUUCGUUCCCUCACGCUCUCGCCGGGUACUUCUAGUUUUUUGAAGAAAAAUAAUUUUUGUAUGGUUCUGGUAUUUGGUAACCUGAAUUUGAUCCUAAGGGUUCUCUUCUUGUUUUCCCUUAUGAUCGAAUUCAGGUUACCAAAAACCGGAACCGUUCAGUUUUGAUAGUAUCUAUACGCGGGUAUUCAUAUUCAAGAAGACGAAACUAGAAGACCUAGUAGAGAGAGCAGCUGUCGAGAUACAACUAUGUAGACCUAGAGAACCUGUCGAUAGAAGAGCAGUUGUCGCAGUCUAUCUAGUUCUACUUCUACUUCUAGGCAAUUUUUAAUAAACUCACAACAGCUGGCGGUGUGACCGAGGUUGCUGCUUUCCCGAACGGAGAGACGCCGAUCUAUGUCGGUCGAUCCAUAUUGGCGUUGCAUGCUGAUUCCACGACCCCAGACUUCUUGGACAAGGCAAACGGAAAAGUUCUGUUUACUGCCGACUUGGCCAGCAAGACACUUGCCGCUGACGGAAUCGAAGGCGCCACAGUGAUCAAAGAUUAUGCUGAGCUGUUGAGCAUGUUUUGGAGGUCCGUGGAAUUCUUGUAUUUGGAAGUAUAAGUAGAAAGAGAAAAUAAGUCUUAGAAGGGGCGCUAGAACAGGAAACAUCAACAUGGGAAAGUAGAACCCGUCUCUAUGGAGGUGGUUACUCCUAUCUUUAGCUUCGGAUCAUGCAUGACAGCAGGACAGUAGGUACAAGUAGAAGUACCUACUUGCUGCAGCUACAUGUACAAAUACAGAUACUAGUACUACUAACUUAGUUCUUCUUUCACCAUCAAGUCUGAAGAGUAAAAAAUAACAAAGUUCUUCAACUUGAAAUUUCAGCAUUCUUCUUUCAUUUUUCGGAUGGUAAGACGGACACUGAGGCAGAUGAAAUCAACAAGGCACGCGCUGAGGCGCUCAAGGCAUUCCCGGGACCACCUAAAAUUCGCGGAGAGAACGAUCCAGCUGCGCCGCUUCCCCAGAUGGCUGACGGUUUCGCUGUGGCAGGCGCUGCAGACUUCUUUCCCGGAUUGAAGUAG